CAGUGCGAGAUAUAAAUAGGCGCCACACGCGGAGAGCCUCACAGAGAGUCUUCUCCACUCGCCUCAGCAUCCAGCGCCGCGCGCACACGGAUCUAACUUAUCUCAGGAGUUCUUCAGCGUCAGCGAGGACACUGUAAACAUCCCGAGCUGACACUCACCAUUAUAGCCAUUUUGUACUACACUGGAACCUAAUUUGCCUUGGUUAUUGGGAUUUUUCCAAAAAGAAGAUGCCUGCAGAUAUGAUGGAAAAAACGUCCUCUUCUCCGGUCGCUGCUACCCCGGCCAGCAUGAAUACGACCCCCGACAAGCCGAAAACAGCAUCUGAACACCGAAAGUCAUCCAAACCUAUUAUGGAAAAAAGGAGACGAGCCAGGAUCAACGAAAGUUUGGGACAGCUGAAGACGCUGAUUUUGGAUGCGCUCAAAAAAGAUAGCUCUAGACACUCGAAGCUAGAGAAGGCUGACAUCCUAGAGAUGACGGUAAAGCAUCUGCGGAACCUACAGCGAGCUCAGAUGACCGCCGCUCUGAACAACGACCCGACGGUGCUGGGCAAGUACCGCGCUGGAUUCAGCGAGUGCACAAAUGAAGUCACUCGAUUCCUGUCCACUUGUGAAGGCGUCAACACUGAAGUCAGGACGCGGCUUCUCGGACACCUGGCCAACUGCAUGACUCAAAUAAACGCCAUUAACUACCCCAGCCAGCAUCAGCACCAAAUUCCUCCCAAUGCCGGUCCCACGCACCCAUCCUUUGGCCAGUCUAUGGUGCAGAUCCCCGGGUCAUCUCCGCAGGUGCUUCCCAUCAACCCGUGCAAAGGAGCGCCCUCUCCUGCGAGUUUACCGCCAGAAGCCACUAAAGUCUAUGGUGGUUUCCAAAUCGUGCCUGCCACAGACGGACAGUUUGCCUUUCUCAUACCUAACGCAGCGUUUGCUGCAAACGGUCCCGUUAUCCCGGUUUACGCCAACAACGUGAGCACGCCAGUGCCUGUGCCUGCAGCGGUGUCUCCUGGUGUCCCGUCAGGCAACACAGACUCAGUGUGGAGACCGUGGUGAAAGGCGCAACUGCUCACACAGACUUUAAAAUGACACUUUCAAUUCUAUUUGUUUAAUGUUAGAAAGUUUUGAAUAUGUUUUGUAAAUGAAGAGUAUGCACUAUAUUUGUACAGCUAACAAGGGAGUUAAGUUCAUAUUGAAAUGAGAUUUGUAAUGUGGAAGUCAAUUCACUGCAUUUUUAUAUAGGUCCUAUAUGACUUGUUUUUUACUGUGUGAUGCCAAAGAUUGUUCAAUGCUCUUAUAAUGUUCUUCGUUUUGGAAGACAAAUAAAUUAGUAAAAUAGUCUAC